AUGAACGACACACAUGAUCGCACGUGCAGUUUUAGGACAUACAGAGUGAUGCUAUUAGUCACAGUGCAGAGGGUCUGCAUCUCGCAGGCGCACCAUGUACCUACGCGGAUGUUCAAGGAGGCGGGACACGAUGUUGUGGAUGAUCGUGUGUUAUCCAGAGGGUACUGGGAGGCGCUGCAGGAGCAUCCAGGAGGAAGCAAGAUCAUACCUCAAGUGCAACCGUCUUCAUCAUUUCAAGUCCUUGAGGACGAGCGCUUGAGCUGUGAUCUCAUCGCCCUUCAAGGCGUGUUCCACCAUUCGCACGUAGUACAACUGCAUACAUCCAAGCUCAAAGUUAAUGUUAUACGUGAUUAUUCGCGCUUGAUCAUGCGACAAUUUAACCCAGUGCCUUACUACGAGGAUUCACAGUUUGUUUUCGGUGCAACAGGUGCUGAGUCUGCGUAUACCACGUCUGCAGAGGCAUCGUCAUCUGCUGCUGAAGGUGGCUGCAGUACACCACCAACGGAAUACACUCCCGAACAUGAGACUUCGCAGCUUCCGUACUUCGCCAUAGAUCCUACACUCCUUGACGAUGCUCAUGAUCCUACGUCGAAGAAGCGCAAGCUUGAUUCACUUCACUCUGAGCAGGAGGACCAUGAUGUGAACAUGCCCACAUUGACGGGUACUCAUGGACGUGCGGGGCACCCUCCAACUCGACGUUUUCAGUCCCCAUUCCUUCCAGCAUCCAAGAAGAUUUGUCCAUUGAAUCAAAAGACUUCAAAUUUGUCCCUCUGUACCGUCGUCAAUCUGUUCUACUGCACCAUCAUCAAUUCGUUCCUCUGCACCAUCAUCAAUUCGUUCCUCUGCACCAUUGUCAAUCCGUCCAACUGCACCAUUGUCAAUUCGUCCAACUGUACCUCCAUGAUCCAAUCUUCCAGAACGUCCCUCGACUGCAGUACCACGCCCUCUCGCAGUACCAUCACAUCUAAGAAACAGGUCGUUCUUGAGCCCCAAGCUUCUUUGACUCCCACUCGCUCGUUUCUUGUCCAUAAGCCCAAUGUUAACCGGCCACAUCCAAAACCAAAACCAGUCGGCAACGCCAUGCAGCCACUCGCGUUCUCAAAGAACACAAUCGCAUUAUCAAGUCACUCCAAGUUGCCACAAGCAAGAAACAUCCCUCCCAUCCCACAAGAUGAUAGCGACAAUGCACAACUUGACUCUGGACUCCUAACACACAAGUCCAUUGGAGGAAGCAGCAAAGAUAAAGUAUCAGCUCACUCUCGCUCCCAGUUGGAAUCCGGCCGACAGCAUAGCAUGCUUCAGAACAUGCAAGGCGAAAUACUCCAGCUCCGCAAAGAACAGUCUCGAAUUUCCCAAGAUCAUAGCGUGGUUACAAAUCGAAUUGAUAUGCAAGUCGAGGCUAUCAUCCGCCAUCUCGAGGCUCUCAAGGUUCAAGACCCGCAAUCUGCACCGUCUCGCACUGACAAUUCAAUGAAUAGUGCUAUCCGACAGGUAUUGCAGAAAAUGAUGGGUAUCGAGACCAAUGAAGCCCUGCCAGCACCAGUUGAUAAUGCGAAUGAAUUUUGGGCCGACAUUGAUGAACUCACCAUCGACAACGAGAUCUUCAAGACUCUCAAGUCUCUGACGGGCAAGGUGUUCAAGAACAUGAAGCAGAAGUAUAAGGAGGCGGAAAAGCCAAUCAGUGUUCAGUCGCUCAAUGUCCAAAGUGCCAGACGUGAGAAACGACAAUUAGAUAAAGCAGCAUUAGCAUCUGCUGUCCGUCCUGACUUCCCACCACUGGCAGGCGAGGAAUACGACUUCAUUUUUGCAGCGAAGUGGCAAUCAACCGAUUACAGCGGCUCAGAUGCCUCCGACGACAUCAAUUCAAGUGAUGACGAAGCUGUCUCGCUCCUCAAUCCGCACCAAAAAGCAUACAAGAAGAAGAAGAAGACGACGAUCUUAAUGACAUGCCCACCUGUAUGGCGGUCGAAGGACCUCCGGAGGGCCAUUAAAGAGAUAAGAGGUGUGGUAGACCAAGACAUCGAAAAAAAAGAAGCUCAGAAGAAGCACUGGAUGAAAAAACGGAUUCCUCGAGUGCAAGGCCCACCAAGGAUGGCAAAAUCAUUGCCGGUUCAUGAUUCGAUGAAGACCCCACGAUGGGCCGUCUCCACAAAGUGGCUUCACUCCCUUUCUCUAGAGGAGCGUAACGAGCAAGAGGCUCUAAUGACUGAGGACCAUGUCAUUGGUGAUAGCGAGAGUUCCACAGAUCCCAACAUCGACGACUUGGAGCAAGAAGAAAUUAGUUAUGAUUCAGUGUAA